CCACUCUCGCUCCUGCUCACUCCAAAGCAUGAGAUCACUCCACAACGCGCUCCCCCCACCCCCACCCACGCCGCGCCGUUAAGUGCCCCCCUCCUCAUUUGAAUUCAGUUACGGAAAGCAAGAGGAUGGCAAGCAUGUAGUGGAACAGCUGACCGUGAUCACCAGGAGCAGCGCAACACGAGGACGCAUUGUGAGGUUUUACAAUGUGUGAAUAGCUGUGUUGUGAUAGAAGGAACCAGAUGAUUCAGUGAAAUCUAAAACAACACGAAGGUUUCUGGCUGUCAAAUUCAGCACAGUGGCUGCGCGCCGGAUCCAGCAGACAGGAUGAACUGAGACAUUACGCGCAAGAGGCUGCCGCGGGCAAGCGUCAGUUUUGACCUUUGUGGGAAAUAAUAAUAAUCAUUCUGGGACAAACAACUCGCUGAGCAUGUAUCAAUGAAGAAUGUGACUGCGUAUAACUGUCUCCAAACGGGGUUGAUGAAGCCCUUGGCGGUGUCAUGCGUCUUGCCCCGCAGCCAAGUGCGCAACCCUUGCGGCUGAUAGUUCUGCUCAUCUUCACCACGGGGGUGACCACAUCCCCGGUGCUUUCCUCGGGCUGCCCGGACAGGUGUGUGUGUGAUGACCAGCUGGUAGUUCAAUGCGCUGGGCAGCACCUGACCACCUUCCCGGUCAACUUGCCGCUGGCCACACGGCAGCUCAUCAUCUCCAACAACCGUAUCGUGGAGCUGCCGCCGCUCGCGCUCAACUACCUUUCAGAUCUGGUUUAUCUGGAUUGCAGCAACAAUUCACUGACGGAGAUAUCCGAGUCCACGUUUGGGAAUCUACGCAAGCUGGCCUACCUGGACCUCUCCUUCAACACCUUGGCCCGGAUAGAGGACCGGACAUUCGGCCCCUUGGCGAGCUUGGUGAUGCUGAGGAUGACAGACAAUCCGAGGCUCUCGGAGAUUCACCCGGACGCCUUUGCAGAAAACGCGGCCCUUCAGGUGUUGGAUGUGAGCCGCAACAACUUGACAGUCCUCAAUAUCACCUCCCUGAUUGCGCUUCCCGCUCUGCGCUCCGUCGGGCUCAGCGGGAACCCCUGGAGCUGCGAGUGCGACAACGAGGACCUCUGCCUAUGGGUGCACCUGGAGGGCUUCAAAUUUCAAGAUGAGGGUCAGACGGUGUGUGGCUCACCAGCUGACAUGCAGGGCCGUCGUCUCGGUGAGGUGGGGAUCCAGCUACGGACGUUAUGCCACCAGACUCUGGGCUCCUGGGACUACCUUUUCUUUAUCAUCAUCGGCUUUGUUAUCUUUGCUGCCGGCACCGUGUCAGCCUGGGUCAUGGGUGUCAUCAUGGUGCUCUACGAGCGUUACAUCAAGAAGAAAGACGAGCAGCUGGAACCCGAGGAUGAGGAGGAGACCACCGAGACAGGACGUCCCUCACGGGCCAGGAGUAACGGGAAUUUAAAAAACUCACAUACUGUUUAAAAUAUUAACUCCCCCACCUUGCCCUCCAUGGAUUCCCACAGUGCCUCCUGUCCACUUCCAGGACUGUCUGUGAAGUCUAAUGUAACUCCAGUGAAAUGGAGUCUGUUUAACAGGCUCAGCUGUGAAAGACUAACAGAGUGGAUUCAUCAGAGAGGAGGAAUGUCAUUCUCUAUUCGCAGGCUUUCAGAUGAUGUGACACACUCUGGCUGCCAUAGUGGAGGUCCUGUGCCCUUGACCCUUGACCCCUGUAUUACUUUGC